AUGAAAGAAGUCUUCCACCGACUUGAAUCAAUCGAUCUAGACAUUAACAAAAUCCACUCGACCUUGGACGCACUCAAGUCGGGAGUCCGGCCGGAUGAGGAUGGUAGACAAGUCUUUUGGGUAAACAAGGACAAAAAUGGUUUACUGGUCAUUCCUCAAGACUACUACCAGGCCAUAAAGCAGCAAAUACUCAAAGACAAAGACCUACUGAAAGGAGUCACACGCGAAACCUGGUCUCCUCUCAUCAACCGUCUUGUGGCCGCUGGAUAUCUCAAUGACUUGCCACGAGGCAAUCACUUAACUCACGAGGAUCUCAGCGACGCUGAUAUCAAUAGCGCUUGGAACUUAUGGCUUCGGCAAAAUGAUGCCGCGAUAGUCAAAGCCUUGGGAGGUCCACUCGAAAAAAGCAUUGCAAACCUGUCCGAAAAGGAGCUCAAAGUCCUCCUAGCAAAACACAACGUUGGCGACAACGAUGGAAAAUUGGUGACCCGCGAGGAAUUCGAAGAGCUCUACCAAAACGAGAUCAAGGCCGGUUAUAGUGACAAACUCCGGGAGCUUGUUGGCCAAGUCAAUGAAUUCAAGGACAGUCUUACAGAGCUGAAAGCCCAUCCACCACAGGGACUAUCUGCGGAUGCCAUCGAUAAAGUUGUUGAUGCCGCCGUGAGAAAGUACACUGAUGCACUCAAGAUCGAAGCUGCUGCCAAGUCGGGUAGCUCUGCCGCUCUCUCACACCUUCGUAGUCAAGUCAACUACUUUUCUGCCGGCUCCGGCGCCAUCAUCUACAGUGGUCUCACUUCCCCCAUUUGGAAGUCACCCAAGCCAGCCUACAAAAGCAAGCAAUUUUGGGAUGUGUCUGGGUAUCAACCUCUUCCUCCCUCGGUUGCUCUCCAACCCUGGGAAGAGGAAGGAGACUGCUUCUGUGCUGGCCCACGCCGCAACGGCCAGGGUGUUGGUACUGCGAACAUCAGCAUCUCGAUCAGUCGAGAUAUCGUGCCUCGGUUUCUCGUUGUGGAGCACAUCCUGCCGGGCGCCACACUGGACCCAGGUGCACGUCCCAGGGAUAUGGAAAUAUGGGCUCAAUAUGAGGAUUAUGAUCUCCGCAAGACUGUCGGUGCAUGGUCUCAGAGCCGGUGGCCCGAGACUUAUUCAGAGCAAACGCUACCUGAGACCUUUGUCAAGAUUGCCGGCUUUACCUACGAAGAACAGAAAAUGGGUGAUGGAUCUCAAAUCCAUACACUGGUAUCAGAACUGAGUGACAUGGACGCUGCGGCGAAUACCUACGUCAUCAGAGCACUGAACAAUUACGGCGCCGAUCAUACCUGCUUCUACCGUCUGAGGCUUUACGGCGAUGAGCGACCGCGACCUGAGUGA